GGAGCUGAGCGGGUACAUUUUCGAUCUCGAGUCAACCACAUAGCCGAAGCGAUGAGCAUUGUUUUGGUAAACAGAAAGUGUAUGUGAUUAAAAGUAAGAUUAUGUAGAGCUCAUCGGAUUUGUGCAUCUAGCUAGCGACAUAGUAACAAACGGUACGCGGGCUUUUUUUCUCUGGUUCGCCUUUUUUGUUACUUAGCAAAGUCACAGCGCUAACUAGCUAGCUAAUGCUAAUGCCAGCUAACUAACUCAGAAUUUAAACGAUGCAUUGUGGAACAUUGUUUUGACGUCAAACAGCUCAUAAACAAAAAGCAGAAACACCUGACAUUUUGGGUGACGGUGGCCCCCGCCUCGAUGGCGGAUAAGAUCAUUGUUCUUGAUGAUGAUGAAGAGGAGACUCCUCAACCCUCUUGCUCUGCCUCCACCUCGUCUCCUAAGGUUCAGGUCAAAAAGGUCUCGCAGCUCAAAGCUCAACAGCCUGUCCCUACCCACAUCACCCAGUCACCUUUUGCCUCAGCGACGAAGCAAGCGCAUGUUCUGCAGGCAGAGAAUCAGAGGUUGUUCACUGAGUUCGUGGAGCACUGCUCAGCUCUCACCAAGGACUGCCCCGAGGUCUUGACCUUCCUCCAAACCAAGCAUGACAAGGCCUCCCCUGACUAUCUGUCAUCCGUGGAGUUCAGGAACGCCUUGGGGCGAUGUUUGACUCGUGCUCAGGCCAACCGUUCCAAAACCUUUGUCUACAUCAACGAACUGUGCACCAUACUCAGGCAGCAUGCAGCCAAGAAGAGGCAGAUCCUCACCAAGGUUGAGCCUGGGCCUUCUACCUCAACAUCAAAUUCUUGCCCCUCUACCUCUGUUGUGCUCAAAAGCGAAGACAAGACUAAAGUUAAGGCGGAUCAGGAGGAAGAAGAGGGGAAGCCAGAAGAUGAGCAACCUUCCACCUCAGGGCCGCAGGAGAACGAUAAAGAGGAGCAACAGGUAGCGGAGAAAAAGGCAAAGAGGGCAUCCAGGAAACAGAUAGCGUACCUGGAGAACCUGCUGAAGGUGUACAACGACGAGAUCCGCCGCCUGCAGCAGGCUGACCUGAGUUUAGACGACCUGGGAGCUGAGGACUCCUCGUACAUCCAGGAGCACAAGCUUAAACGCAAGAUGAUGAAGAUUUACGAAAAGCUGUGUGAGCUUAAGGGCUGCAACACGUUAACAGGCCGAGUCAUCGAGCAGAGGAUCGGUUACAGCGGCACUCGAUAUCCUGAGAUCAACAGGAAGAUCGAGCGUUUCAUCAACAGUCCCGAGGCCCAGAGGAACCCUCCGGAUUACCAAGACAUCCUCCAGCAGGUGCUGCGCGUCAACGAGCGACACAACCUUUGCCUGAGCAGAAAGCAGCUGAACCAGAUCGCCCAGGAGGCCUUCAGAGAGACCGGGAGCCAAAUGCAAGAGAGACGUCACCUGGACCUGGUGUACAACUUUGGCUCACAUCUCACUGACCACUACAAGCCCGCCAUAGACCCGGCGCUGUCGGACUCCUCGCUGCUGCGGAAGCUGCGGUCGAACAGAGAAGUGGCCAUGUCCCACCUGGAGGAAGUCAUCAACAAGUACGCUGUGAAACAGGAGGACACGGAGGAGCAGGAGAGGACCAAACGACAGGAGAAAAACAGCAAAGAGAAAGAGGGCAACAAACCAGAAAAGCGAGAAGGCACUAAAGGGGUGAAUGGAGUGGCGGAGGAGGAGGAACAACAACAAGAAGAAGAGGAAGAAGAAGAGGAGGAGGAGGAGGAGGAGGAUGACGAUGAAGAUGAUGAAUCAUCAGAUCCAGACAUAGAAGAGGAGAUCCAGGCCAGCACCCAGCAGGACGGACCAGACGAUGACGAGAACGAGGAAGACGACAGUAACGAGUCGGAGCGAGCGGGUGACGACGCCAACCAGGACAAACAGUCAGGCGAGUUGUCGGGACGCGUUUCCGCAGGGGGGGAAGGAAGCGUGAAAGAUGAGGAUAAAGAGCCGGUCACCACCGAACUCAGUCCUCUCUCUGAUGAAAGCAAGUCCCGCAUCUCUCCGCUGUCUGACAUGUCCUCCCCUAGAGACAGCCCCAGCCAAUCAGAGCCCGUGCAGACGGACGACCAGACGCUGUUGUCUAACGGUAACCUUGCAGGAGUAGAGGAGCUGGUGGAUUCCUCCAGUCAAGUUUCCGUCAUGCUGGUAAGCACCAGCGAAGUCGCCAAGGACCCCGCGGACGUCUCCCCGGUAGCAGCCAACGGGGUUUCUUUGCCCCCGUUACCGCCAGUGAUCGUAGAAAUGUGUGACACUCAGACCACCAACGGCACGUCGCCUCCGCCGAGCCCCAGAACUACGAGGGGCCGGAAGAGGAAGAGGGAGGAAAUUACACAAGAGAAGUCCCACAAAACGAAGCACAUCAUCAUCCAUGACAGUGAGGUAGACAUCCCUCUGGAUAUGGGUGUGUUUAGCUGCAAUUCUCCACAGCAGGCAGAGUCCACCCGAGCAGACACUCCAACCCAGGAACUGGUCAGCAGUUCACAGUCGACUCCGCCUCCCAAGAAAAACAAGGUCAACGUGGCCACCCAGUGUGACCCGGAUGAGAUCAUCGUCCUGUCCGACUCGGAGUGACCUUUCACCUUUGACCUCUCACUGCACUGCAGGAUUCUACCACAUCACUCCUUGUUGUCUAACAAAAAAAAAAAAAAAUUUCCCAAAUAUAAAAUUGUGAAAGUGCUGAUUAUUAAAAUCUGAACAAUAUAAGAUUUAGCAAACUAUUUGAGCUACAGAGACAUGUCGCUUGAUUACAUGAAACCAAACAAAAGCCAAGACACGUGUUUUUGUAAAGGACUUCGGUGGAUUAAACAGCUGAAACGGGACAAAUUUUCUCUAAGCAGAGAAACAUGGCCGACGUCGACGACUUCUCUCUCGCUUUUGGAUGCAGAAAAGACGUCGUCCGAGACCUUUCGGGGUGACACGAGCAGCCGAACAUCCUUUGCCGUGUUUCCCGCCUUUCAGUGCAACACUACUAACGCUGCUGUCGUCAAGUUGGUAGAAGCAUAGAAAUGUUUUUCUUUUUUUUUUUUUUUUUUUGCUGCUCUUUAUACGGAGCAAAAGAACAUCUCCUCUCUCGGGAUGACGGUCCCUCGACUGGUUUAACUCAGACACCAGUGCCUGAAAACAUAGAACUGCGGAGUCGGACGUUUUUCCCCCCAAAACCUGGCGAGAGAAGGUUUAGUUUUCAGACACUUGACUGGAGGGAGCUGCUUCAGCUCGCCGCCAGUUUGUUUACAUUUUUAUAUUUACAUUAUAUUUACAUUUUUUUCACAAAGGACAGGGAAGUGGUGGUUUGUAUAAAAGGAAUUUUUUUUGAGAUGGCAUUAUUUUACAUGCUGUUGCUAUUUAUGAUGUGUGUUGUGAGUGAGUGAGGUGAUUACUGCAGCGGUGAUGAUGGCGUACAUUGACAUUUCUUUAAUUUUUAAAUGUUUCCUUUUACAUUUUAUUUGUAGGUUUAAAAUAAAAGUAAGAAGCUUUCUUCAUUCAGAUCUGUGGCUGCUGCAGACGAGCCAGAUAGUAAUCAGUUUGAAUGAAUAAGUUGACAUGACUAAUACACACAUGUAUAAAGGAUAAGGCUGCCGAUAUUUUGUCAGUCAACAAAUCCAAUGGAAAGACUAAAACCUAACGAUGAAUUGAUCCUACUAACGUUGUCUGUGUAGCCGAAGCCUGAUAUGUCUUUUUCCUGAGUUGUACGGAAGAUUUAAAACGCCUAAAUGAGAAUUAAUCCAAGACAAAUGUGAAAUACAAUAUAUAUUAAUGCAAAAAAACAUUGCAUGUCUUUUUACUUUAUGUCUGCUUGAUUUGUUUUCAUUUAGGCAUUUAAAGUCUUCUACGCCAUUGUUGUCCAGAAAUGAUUAAAAACACAUCGGUGAGCCA